AAGACUGUUGGUACAUGGUGGAGAUCGACUACUAAAAAAGGAGAAGCACCCGGAUCUUCCGGUUGCUGAGAGGCAUUUAGCACUCAAGCUAACGUCAUUGGAAAAUCAAAACAUUUGACGGCUAUUGCUCACUGUCGUGAGAUUCCACAAAGUAAAGAUGAUUAAAGCCAUAUUGAUUUUCAACAACCAUGGGAAGCCGCGACUGAUAAGAUUUUAUCAAUAUUUUGCCGAAGACAUGCAGCAGCAGAUCAUUCGGGAGACAUUCCAUUUGGUAUCUAAGAGAGACGACAACGUCUGCAACUUCUUGGAGGGUGGAAGGCAAGUGUUGUCCUCUCCUUUCUGUUCUCUCAUUGGCGGCUCCGACUACAAGCUGAUUUACCGGCACUACGCCACCCUCUACUUUGUCUUCUGUGUGGACUCAUCUGAGAGUGAGCUCGGCAUUCUGGACCUGAUCCAGGUGUUUGUGGAGACGCUGGAUAAAUGCUUUGAAAACGUCUGUGAACUGGACCUCAUCUUUCACAUGGAUAAGGUCCAUUAUAUUUUGCAGGAGGUGGUGAUGGGAGGCAUGGUGCUGGAGACCAACAUGAAUGAGAUUGUCGCUCAGGUGGAGAUACAAAAUCGUAUGGAGAAGUCGGAGGGAGGCCUGUCAGCAGCUCCUGCCCGUGCCGUCUCUGCCGUGAAGAACAUGAACCUGCCGGAGAUUCCCCGUAACAUCAACAUUGGAGACAUCAAUAUCAAAGUGCCAAGCCUCUCCCCGUUCUGAAGAGCAUUCCUGUGGAGGCCCUGCAGGGCUGGUUAAUGAUACCGCUGAUGCAAUGCGGCCGCCCCCCCCGCCCCUCUGCCCUGUGGUCUAAAUUGACUUUUUUUUUUUUCCUCAAUAAUGAAUUGUUUACUAUUGUAUAGUGUUUAUCCGUCUGUACUCCCGCAGCAGCUUCCUUUUCCUCUCGUGUUAUAUUUUUACAUGUCUGAGAGACGCUACAGAUUAUUCCGACUGAAGGAUUUGCACAAUAAUGUAAAAACUGAUUCGACGAAAGCAUUAAUAUUUAUGUCUCUGUAUUUUCGGCUACUCUAUAAAUCUUUUGGAUUCUACAGCCCGCCCUUUCAAAAACAAAUCGAAACUGUUUUGGCCCAGUGCGUAUUUUUUCCAUCACAGCUCACAGCCUGUCACAAUUGUCAUCGUUGGGUCAGAAAUAGGUUUUUUUGGGGUUGAAUAUUUUUGGCCUUUAUUCAGUUUGAUGUCGCUAGAAUAUUUGGCUUCUGUGUUUGGCAGUAAUUACUCAUGAGCUCUUGGCGUUUUGUCAUGAUUGAUUUUCCCCUCUGUGUUAUAUUUUAGGACUAUUGCAUCUUUGUGAUGAAUGUUCCCGAUGAAAGCUGCUCUCCUGGGAGCAGAUUGUGCUCCGUGCAUAGAGGGCAGAGGCUGUCUCGUCCACGCCACGUAUGACUGUAUGACCAACAUCUGUUUCGGGACGAAAUGUUAGAUCUUAAAAGUGUUUCUGUGAAGUGUUUUUUGCGUCUCCUUUGUUGUAGCUAGUGGUCAGAUACGAUCAAACUCUGUUGAGUUUUGUUGUUAAAUCCUAUCUCAAUUUUCAAGGAAAGGAGACAUGUUUCAGUGUCAAAGACAUUCCUUGCCAAAGCGAAAUAAAAAAAUAAGAAUAUUCUACUUUGUCGCUUCAAUAAAAACAAGCCGGUAUGUCAUCAGGUUUGCUGAGGGUUG